UCGCUCCGUGACGUGGAAAGGCAUAAUUACAGAGGCUGUGAAUGAUCAAAUGAGUAGCUAAGUUAUUGGGAGGCGACACUCGUCAUACACAGAUAUUCAUUAAAAACUAAUUACGGCGCAAUGCCGCCAUAAGGAGGUGCCAUCUCGGUAAUUUCAAUGAGUUUCGAGCGCAGUGACGAGUGUCGACAAUCACGGUAGUUUUAGGGGCUAAUAUUCACGUCUAAAGACCUGCUGCUGGUGACGUCAUAAAGAGAUUCAGAAGUGAGUUUCACAACCUCCCCAAAAUUAAAAAAAAAAAAAAAAAUCGCCGGGGUGGCACGCGCACAGUGUGCUCGCGCGCACGCGGCAUUUGCAGCCUCAAAUGAGCAGCUCGCGCUGAAAAGGCUCCCUCGUUUUGACUGGCUGCGCAGGUAAGACCCGCUCGAUUUAGAUCGACCACGUCCAAAAAGCGAAAAGUAUUUUUAGUCACAUUAUGUGAUACAAAUAAAAUUGUGUGUAUGAUUGGCUGAAACACAGUAUUCCACGGAUUGUGUUUGAUUUCAACGCGCACAGUUUGUCGUGUAAAUAUGUUGACUAAUCGAAAAGUGGACAUGUUAAAUGUGUAAGGAUCUGUUAUUAUACGACUGUUGAAGAUACAAAAAAGAAAAAAAGGAUUGCUGACAAAACGACUCUGAGGUAUUGCAUGCAGAUACAAGGAGCCUUUGAGCAGCCCUGGAGAACUUGUUAGGCAUACCAAGAAGCUCCACAAGAGGCGAACCUUUUUGGUGAGAUUUAAUGACCCCAAGGAAUUAUUUUGUGGAUUAUUCUUCUUUAAUAUGCGGGAAUUAAACAGCAACCUCAAGAGCUUUGAUAAAAGCAAGCACAUCUUAACGCACAAGGAGAAGAAAUGUAGACUCGAAUAGCUCUCCAUUCGUCUCCCGUUUCAUUUGGAGAGCGGCGACGGUGCCGGAGUGAAGCUGAACCAAACAGAAAAUUGGAUCUUUUUAGCCUAAAAUCAUGAUCGCACGGAUACUCUACUUUUUUCUUUGGUCUGCGGCAUUUCUUCCCGAUCUGGAGUGCGCUUCUCAGAGAACCGCGGACGCGCUUACUACUUUCCCCACGUCCGCGUUCCUCAACGCCACCGACAGAAAGGACUCCAACCAGACCUCCCCCUCUCGGAUCAAGAGGAAGACGCUCUCGGUGGAUUUCGCCGUCCCGUCGCUGUUACGUUACUACUUGGCUCUGUUUAUAAAGCGCCCGCUUAACGGAGACUGUCUGUCGUUUAAUGGAUGUUACACGGUGCGCGCGAACUUGCUCAUGCGCUGCGUUCCGUUGCAGAAAACCAUCGCCAGUUUGAUUGACGUAAAGUUGGCCGGGAUGAACCUCAACAGAUCCAGCACUGGACAGCUCCCCUAUCGACAGAAGCGUCCCGUGCCGAAAGUUUUGAAUUUAGGCUUGACCAGCGCCAGUCGAAAGUCCAAUCAAGUUGUGGUGGAGGUGGGCGAAGAGAUGGUUAAAACGGGAUGUGGAGGACUGCAUGUGUACGAGGACGCGCCGGUUGUGUUCCUGGAAAUGGACCUAACGCGGAUUUUGGAGUGGUGGCUGGGGGCGGAGGGAGGCCGGCUCAGGGUCCGACUCAUGCCCGAGCGGAAAGUGCAGGUCCCGGGGAAAGAGGACAAGUACUCCGCUGCCAUCAGAGCUUCGGACGCCCGCCUCUUCGUUCACAUCGCUUCAAGUGAACGACCCUUAUCCACAAACUCAGGGAAUCCGACCUCCGGCCCCAAAUACUGGAACUUUUCUUGGAUAGCAGAGGAAGAGCUAACUUUCCCUGAGGAUCCUGUAUCAACUUCAGAUUGCACUUCAAAAGGAAAGUUAUGUGACCGUGGGCCUGCUGGAUAUUAUCCUGAGUUUGCCUGGAGUUUAACAUCAGCGGAGGACUCCUGGGCCAAAGACCAGACAAUGGCAAAGACAAAAGCAAGUUCCCAGGGGUGGGAGGAAGGGCGGUUUCUCCCCGUGAAUGGCUCGGCUCUGACGGGACCGUGGGUUCUGAGCCCUUGGCUACGUUCCACCCACCGGCCCUGUGGUCUGGAUAUCACCGUGUUUUUGCACCCGAGGCAGAGUGGACGUUACACCGUCUGGCUCAUCGAGAGGGACAAGUCACCACUCGCUCUCCUCACCACCGAGCACCCUCAUGUCAUCGGCUGGGCGGUGGUGCACCUCAGCUUGGGAGCUCGGAGCAAACCCUUCAGGAUUUCUUCCAGCUACAACCAGCCCGGCGACAUGGAGACGGCGACCUAUGACCCCCGCUUCACCACCAACUGCACCAUAAGAACAUCUCAGAACGUCACUCUCCGGGGCCGCUAUCACUGCAGAGGGGGUCGCGAGAUCAGCGUGAGCCAGCUGUGUGACUUCAACCCUGACUGUCCACAAGGGGACGAUGAGGGAGAACAUUGCCGUCAGUUCCUCAACGGCAGCUAUUGCUCGUUCGGGAGAGAGGAUUGCAGCUGGCAGCUGGUUCCAGGAAGGGGUCCGCAAUGGAGGGCCCAUCCGUCCAUUCCCCAAGGCCUCAGAAGCAGCUGUCCAUCACCAGGGGCCUUGCUGGCCAUCGACACUCAGCCCAAAGGUCAGCGAGGGUCAGCGCAGGUGCGAAGCCCGCUUUUCUUCUACCCCCUGCGGAACGCCCCGUGCAUGGUCAAGUUCUGGGUGUGUGGAUCUUCCAAUGGAGUGCUAUCUCUCUGGAUUAUAGAGAACAGCACCGGACCCGAGGGUCAACGGAGUCUCUGGAACUCAACAAGCGAAGCUAAUAUGGGGAAAGGGUGGAAACUCAUUACCCUACCACUCUUCGGUUUGGUGGAUCUGUUUUACCUGCAGUUCAGUGCUGAUAUUUCCUCUAGUGCUGGAAUUGCAUUUGCUGUGGACAACUUCACUCUGAGCAUGGAGUGCUUCCUUGAAACCAAUGGAGAAUUUCCUCCGGUGGCUCCCAUAAGCCCCACUCAAGCACUGUUCACACCGAGCAAUGAGAACAUCAAGACCACUACACCACCGUCUACAGAAUCUGUCAAGUGGACAUUCCACACCUGUGGAGCGACAGGACAAGAUGGCCCAACGCCGACUCAGUGCAGUAACUCUUACCGCAACACCAAUGUCAAUGUCAGUGUGGGCACUAAGGGACCGUUCAAGGGCAUCCAGAUGUGGCGGGUCCCAGAGACUAGGAAAUACAGGAUCACGGCGUAUGGAGCAGCUGGUGGACGCAGCGUCCUGGCUGUUCAUAAGUCACAUGGGGUGUACAUGACCGGAGACUUCCUUCUACAGAAGGAUGAGCUGGUGUAUAUUCUAGUGGGACAGGAAGGAGAGGACGCUUGCCCUAAUAUGGUGCCGACUAUGGACCGGAUCUGCAGAGAACAGCAAGGACCCUCUAUCAACAAGACCCAGCUCAAAGGAGGGGGCGGCGGAGGAGGGGGGGGCACCUACGUCUUCAAGAUGGUGAAUGGAGUCCAUGUUCCGCUACUCAUUGCUGCUGGGGGUGGAGGCCGCGGCUACAGCAGCCAAUCAGAAACCCAAGAGGAAGUGAUGGACAGGAAUCCCAGCAUCCCUGGCCGCAAUGGAAAAUCAGGCACUGCAGGUGGUGGUGGAGGCUGGAAUGACAGUGCCCCUGUUCCCCAAGGUGGUAGACCACUCAUUUUAGGAGGUCAGGGAGGGGAACCCUGUCAAGUCAUAGGCUGGAAAACUCGAGGAGGUUUUGGAGGUGGUGGGGGAUCCUGCACGGCUGGUGGAGGAGGUGGAGGAUACAGAGGGGGCAGCGCCUGGCAUGAUAAUGAUCCCAGAAUGGAUGGCGAUGAUGGAACCUCGUUUAUAAGUCCUGACGGCGAGAUAUACCUGGAACCACUCAAAGGCAUGGAAGGCGAUGGAGAAGUUAUUAUCAACCCAGUGCAGAACUGCAGUCACUGUGAGUCAGGAGAUUGCCAUGAGACCUCUGAGGGCAUGGUGUGUUACUGCGAUGAAGAGCUUACGCUGGCCCCGGACGGAGUGUCCUGCAUCAACUCCACCGAGGUGUCUCUGUUGCCCGUCCAGCCGCCGUCUCAUCUGGCACUGGGUUUGUCUGUGGGGACGUCCGCGCUCAUCGCUGCUUUGCUGUUGGCUGUUUCAGGCAUUAUGAUCAUGUAUAGACGCAAACACACCGAGCUCCAGUCCAUCCAGUUGGAGCUGCAGAGUCCCGACUGUAAGCUGAGCAAACUGAGAGCUUCCACCAUCAUGACCGACUACAAUCCCAACUACUGCUUUGGUGGGAAGACCGCCUCCGUCAAUGACCUGAAGGAGGUCCCACGGAGGAACAUCUCUCUCACUAGAGGACUGGGUCAUGGGGCAUUUGGAGAGGUCUAUGAAGGACUAGCCGUGGGGAUCCCAGGGGAGCCCAGCCCGAUGCAGGUCGCUGUAAAGACUCUUCCUGAGGUGUGCUCUGAGCAGGACGAACUGGACUUUUUAAUGGAAGCUCUAAUAAUCAGCAAGUUUAGUCACCAAAACAUUGUGCGGUGCAUCGGGGUGAGUCUCCAGGCUCUGCCUCGCUUCAUUCUGCUGGAACUGAUGGCUGGAGGGGAUCUCAAGAGCUUCCUCAGGGAAACUAGACCCAGACUAGAGCACCCUUCCAGUCUAACCAUGGUAGAUCUUCUCAACAUAGCCAGAGACAUCGCCCGCGGCUGCCAGUACUUAGAGGAGAACCAGUUCAUCCACAGGGAUAUUGCUGCCAGGAACUGUCUUCUGACCUGCAAAGGUUCGGGGAGGGUGGCUAAGAUUGGUGACUUUGGCAUGGCCAGAGACAUCUACAGAGCCAGCUAUUACAGGAAAGGAGGCCGUGCUAUGCUGCCAGUCAAAUGGAUGCCUCCUGAGGCUUUUAUGGAGGGAAUCUUUACCUCGAAAACAGAUACGUGGUCAUUUGGUGUUCUGCUAUGGGAGAUCUUCUCGCUGGGAUACAUGCCGUACCCGAGCCGCAGUAACCAAGAGGUGUUGGAGUUUGUCACUAAUGGAGGGCGAAUGGACCCGCCCAAGAACUGCCCUGGGCCAGUGUACCGGAUAAUGACACAGAGUUGGCAGCAUCAACCAGAAGACCGACCAAACUUCUCAACUAUUCUGGAAAGGAUUGACUAUUGUCUACAGGAUCCAGAUGUGGUGAAUGUGCCUUUGCCUGUCGAGUACGGCCCCGUCCCUGAGGAAGAGGAGAGGGUACCCAUGCGUCCCGAAGACCCUUCUGCACCCUCCUUGCUUGUAACCCCUCAAGGCACGGAGGAUGCUCCAUGUGUCGCCCGUUCCGAUCAGGCUAAGAGAGAUGGGGAGGUCAUUCUCAUGGCCAGCAAAUCUACUGACAACAAACUACCACCCGCUCCCCCAUCUCAGCCUCAUCCCCACCACCACCUCCAACCCCCUGUAGUCACUGGCCCCAUACCCACCGUCAAACCCUCCUCUACCACCCAGGAUGGAGGACAUGUGAAUUUGGGCUUCAUGCAGGCCCACCCAUUGGAGAAGGAGAGCCGUAAUGGGAAGCCCACCAACCUGUGGAACCCUACCUAUGGCUCGUGGUUUCUCCAGCAGCAGCAGAAGAGGCAGCAGGCCCAGGCACAAAGGCAGGUGAGUGGCCCACGGAUCCCAGGUGAAGGGCAGGAACAAGCAGGCCGGACUGUGACAGUAGCUGAAGCUCUGGGCCUGCAGCAACAGCACAAACAGCAGCAGUACCAACAACAGCUCCAGCGCCAACAACAACAGCAGCAACUGCAACAACAACAAGGGCUGUGUCGACCGCUUUUGCCCCCUCCUCCUCCACCUGCCCAGACCCCUUUACUCCUGGAUUCGGCCACCCUAGCACCAGUUCCGCUCUACAGACUACGCCGCUUCCCAUGUGGGAACAUCGGGUAUGGCUACCAGGAACAGGGCCUGCCCAUGGAGCCUAUGCCUGGGCCCCAGCCUCCCCCGCCUCAUCCUGGCCAGCAGAGGCCCGUUUCUUUGGCUCGGGGCGGUGGCCCCGAGGACAGCCGCCCGCUUUUGGUCACCAUGGGUACAGUGCAGGACUCCAGACUCCCCAAAAUGGAAGGACACAACGCCACUGUGCUGUAACCGUCGUGCACGCUCUCUUUCAGUGCCCACUUUGCAAAACACUGUGCUGUCAAUCUACGUCCACCUCUGCCAAGACCCUUUGUGCUUUUCCUUUGUGCUUUUCAGCCAUGAGUAUGUAACUAGCAAAGGUUCUGCAGCUGAAACUCAGAAAAACUUUCCCUAAGCAUCAGUUAUUGAAACAGAAUGUCGAUUGGAUGAAGAAACAAGACUGUUGAGUUUCUGAAAGCCACAUUUGAGAGACGAACUGAUUAAGCCCUCACAAGGACUAAUUCUGUGAAAAAGACUAUAUUAUAUCAGUGAUAUUUUUCCAUAAUGGGGGAGAAAAAAUCAAAACGGGUUUGUUGAUGUUUGCUUGCCUGCUUGUUUAUUUAUUCAUUUGUUAAUUUAUUAUUUGGUGGUCAUGUAAAUUAUUGAUGGGUGUGCUUCAGAAAGCAAACUGCCCCCAUUCAUUAUGGAUCAUUUUUGUUCACUCUUGGACUUGGUUGGCUUUUAAAUGCAGGAGUUUUCAUCUAUCAUCAAACAUAAUGAAUUACAGGAAUCUCUAAUGGCUAGUGUGUGUGUGAAACCGAUGAGCGUUGUUGGCUUUUGCAAUGAGAAAAUCUGUUGCUCUGGCUAUCAUGUAGCAAUUGGUCAAGGACCAGUAAGUGAAGGCUCUUUCACUGGACUCAUGUCAGGGACUUCAACAUUUGACGCCAACAUAGUGGAAGCAAAUAUGUUAAUUUAUUGAAGCUUAGAAUAGGAAAGACCUGUCAUUUACUUGAGAAGAUGAGCUUAAACUAUCAUUCGUUUUCAGGUUUGGUGCUAGUCUGGAUCAUAAAAGCCAAUGGUAAUUAUUAAUUAGAAAAGGUUCACUGGAAAGUCUUAGUGAAGGUUAUAUCAACCAGCAUAGACUUUUUGGUAAAGUUGGUUGGCCAAUGAAGUUUGGUUGAGGGCUUCAAGUUCAAAAUAACAUUAAAUGUUUUCUUUCAGCAAGGAACAGCCUUUGGCAUUGUGCUCUAUGCAUCUAGUACACCUAAACCACCCACAUAAUGAUAUAACUUGCAAAUUGUUCAGUAACCAAAAACACUUGCACAACACAAGACCAAUAUGGUACUUGAAAAUGCCGACAAGAGUCACGUGAAAGGGCUUUGAGUUUAUGCUGUAUGAGACUUAAGCAUUGGCUGUGCAAGACAAAAAACUACUUAAUCAUUCCAUUUGUUUACUGUUUGGCAUUGGCGUUGAAAAAAAAUUAAAAUGUUGUGUACAUAAGAGCCUUACAACUGUACGCGCAGAACAUCAUUAACUAUCUUUCAUGCUCCAUUGAUUCCCGUUUAUUUAAGUAAAGGACUUUUGAAUUUCAAGUGUAUUGGUGAGGAAAAUUAGUUUUCAUAUAAUCUGUCACUUUAAUGUCUAAACACUCAUUGUUACAGUCAUGUUGCUUACCGUUCGGUUCGAUCAAGCUGCUAUUUCAAAAGCAAAUGUUGGACAUUCUUUUUAUACUAUCUGAAAGAACUGCUGUAGUCUUUGAUAGUGAGGGUUUUACAAAGGAAAAUAUUGUGGCAAUUUUUACACUAUUUUCUUUUUUUUAAAUAGUGGUCUUGUGAAAAAAAAAAGUGUUUGUCUUUAUUUUAUUUUAAUUAAUUUUAAAUAAUAGUUGUAUCUUUAUUUUUAACCUUCAUAGAAAGUUCUAUAUUAAUACCAUCACAAAAUAUGUUGGAAAUAUAUUUAAAACAUUUGAUUAGUUUAUAUCCCUCUUGUCAUAAUUUACCACGUCAUUGACAUCGUUUUACAUUUUCGAGAGAAAUAUUCUUGGCUUCACUUGGUCAGUUAACAGCUGAGGUUUGGAAACUGUCGGAUAUGUUUAGGGAAGGUUGAGAAAUCAGUGAUGUUGCAUGAAGAUGAAAAUUAAGGAUUUUUAUUGCUUUUUAUUUUAUUUUUAUUUACUGAUGACAAAGUGACCACACUUGUAAAAAUGUUGUAAAACCUUAUUGUAUCACGUAUCUGUUAAUCUCUGUAAUUUGACAUUCAAUGAUGAGAUCUGAAAAAUUAAUAAAUUACUAUUUAAUAAG